GAGAAGGAUGUCGCCGAAGCAUGACCGGGAAUCCAUUGAAGAAAGGUACGAGAAAUGGUUGGCACAAUACGGCCGACGAUACAAGGACAGAGAUGAGUGGGAACAACGGUUUGGGAUUUACCAAUCCAACAUUGAGUAUGUCGACUUCAUCAACUCUCAGAACCUCUCUUUCAGACUUGCAGACAACAAAUUUGCAGACAUGACAAAUGAGGAGUUCAGGUCUAACUUCUUGGGUCUUCAGCAUCAUAAGCCUCAAAGACGGAAUCAGACCUUCAGAUAUGGGAACUGUAUAGGUUCACCCGACAGCGUGGAUUGGAGACAGCAUGGUGCCGUAACACCGAUCAAAGAUCAAGGCCAAUGUGGGAGUUGUUGGGCAUUCUCUGCAGUUGCCGCAGUGGAAGGCAUCAACAAGAUCAAAGCAGGACAAUUGGUGUCGCUGUCGGAGCAAGAGCUUGUCGACUGCGAUGUUGGCUCUGAUAAUCAAGGAUGCGACGGUGGAUACAUGGCGAAAGCAUUUGCAUUCAUCCAAAAGAACGGAGGCCUUACCACCGAAGCAAGCUACCCUUACGCAGGAAAGGAUGGCACCUGUAACAGAGGCGAAGCAGGAAAGCCAGCAGUGACAAUAAGCGGCUAUGAAUCGGUCCCUAAAAACGAUGAGAAGAGCCUGCAAGCUGCGGUUUCCCACCAGCCAGUAUCUGUUGCCAUUGAUGCGGGUGGUUAUGCCUUUCAGCUUUAUUCUGAAGGGAUCUUUGAUGGACUCUGCGGGAACGAACUCAACCAUGGAGUGGCGGCGGUGGGUUAUGGAGAAGAUAAUGGUAAAAAGUACUGGCUCGUGAAAAACUCAUGGGGUACUGACUGGGGUGAAGCGGGUUAUAUAAGAAUGAAACGUAAUCCUGGUGAUAGGAGGGGAAUUUGUGGCAUUGCCAUGGAACCCAGCUACCCCGUUAAGGACUAA